CUGCACCGGUUCUUCUCUCCUAUAUCCCAUCUAACCCUCCCCACCGACAACAAAAAAUCACUCUUGAUAACUAAAAUAACUGAAAAUGCUUACAUUUUCUUGGGAAUACACUACGCUGAAUCGCCGGCAGGUAGUAAUCGAUGGAAAUUGCCAAUCCCAAAGACACCAUGGAACGGCAUCCUGAAUGCGGUUUCCGAUAAAAAAUCGUGUAUAUGGAAGUCUACCCCUCAGACAGAUCCUUUUAUUGUUGAAAUGACAGAAGAUUGCCUAUACCUAGAUGUAUUUACAAGUAAGUAUUGCCUGAAAACAAAAAACUGUUCAGUAAUCUUCUUCGUACACGGCGGAAAUUUUAUUUAUAGUUCACCACACGCAGUCAACAAAGACUUUAUCGACAAUUACUUGACAAAAGAUCGUUCUGUAAUCACGGUUAUUCCUGCAUAUCGACUUGGUUUAUUUGGUUACUUCAACUUGACCACUUUCAAGGUUUCAGACUUGAUAGCUGCUCUUCGCUGGGUGCAGGAAGAUAUCAAAAGUUUUGGAGGUGACGCAAAUCAUGUAACUCUUAUGGGACAUAGCAGUGGAGCAACUGAUGCUAAUCUGGUGCAGUUAAAAAAAUUCUUCUUGUUAAGGAAGAAAAGACAUAAAAUUAACAUUUUUACUGGUACAACCAAACAUGAAACCAGAAGUACGGCAUACACAAUUAACACAGACGGUUCAGUAAACAAAGUACUUCUGCAGAAAGAAUGUUUGGAGAUGAUGGAGGCAUUUGGCAUUAGAAAACCAGAAAAAGCGCUUGAUGAAUGUACCAGUUAUUACUCUAAUGGUUAUUCCAUGCUUUUUUACUUUUCUUUAAUGUAUGUAUUUUGUUCAAGCCACAUAAUUAGUAAUUUAAAUGACCAACGUCUGCAUUCAGAAGGAGGUCGAGCUUUUAUUCAUGAAUAUCAAUACGAAUUUGCUGGCAAAGCAUUUGAUUAUCCAAGACAAAAAUUUGAUGAUCCGCAUCCAAUGCACGUUGAACAUUUGUUGUACAUUUUGGGACAUUACAGUGGCAACUUUACAAAAACAGACGAAAUUAUAAGAAAAAAAUUUUCCCAACUGAUCGUUAACUUUGUCAACAACGGCGAUCCGUCACCAAGAUCUGACCACAUUUUCCAACCUUACAACAAACAACGUGGCAAUUAUAUAGCAGUCGAUAUGCAUGAGAAUAAUGAUGUGACAGUGGUAAAGUACAAUUAUCAUAAAGACAAAAAAGCUUUUCUUCUUCUUCAAACGUUUCCACUGCAUAACUUUUUUAGGCUUGGAGAGGGAAUCGUUGACACUCUGCAUAAAGAAGAGGCGUUUAACUCAAGUGGUAAGAAACUUGUUAAGCGAUGUAAACUUUUAAGAUUUUUAAAACUUUCCUUCUUCAUAAAUUAUUACAAAUCUUUUUGUUACAACAAAUGCCGUUUGUUUGCUGUUCAAUUAAUCAGCGCAACACUUUUUUACAGCGAAAGACAGUACUCACUGAUAAUGUCGAAAUUUUUUAAGACACAGGUCCGUUUUUUAAAUUUAUCAGUAGUAGAAGAUCUGUAA